AUGGCCGCACUCCUCAUCCUCCCCCUCGUCCUUUCGGCGCCUCUCCAGGCCCCCUUCCUCUACCACGAGACACCAACCAACACUCCAGCGCUCGCAAUCGAACCCCAUGACAAGCCCGAAGUCCUGAAAGCCGGCUUCUCCUCGAAGGGCGCAGGCAUUCCGGUGCUGCACGAUCUCUGCUCCGGAUAUGAUCUGGUCAAGGUGUUCAACGCGGGCGAGUCGGGCGAGACGGGCGGUACGAGCGAGGCGAGCGUGUACAUCUACCAUGCGCCGCGGGGAUUCUGCGUCAGCUUGUUCGCGCCCGACACGGACGUCUCGGUGACUAUCACGUCGACGAUUGACUCAGCUGUCGACCCUACGACACAUGAUGACGCUGAUAUCAUCAACGAGAACCCCGACAAAGUGCUCGAAAGGAAGGAGGCCAUGGGAGACUUGGAGGGAGAGUUGUACGACGAGAGGGGGCCAGAUCUGGAAGGAGCGGGCGCACAGGUGGUGAAGGGUGCGACCGAGAUGCGGAGGGACGGGGCGAGCUGGACCGGCCGGGGCAGUAUGCCUGGCUCGCUCCGUCUGCGCACCAUCGAGGACUGUGUCCGCAUCCUCGCCGAAGUCGGAGGAAAGAAGAGCGACACGGAACGAACGAAACGCACUCGCCGACCACCAAACGAUCCCAUCACUCUCAUAACCAACUUUCACGGCCUACUCCAUGUUGACAUGUUGUACUAUACAUAUGCACCUGUGCCCGUACUUGCGGCGAACAGCGCUUUACGACUUGCUGUUGUUGUUGACAUCCGAGUCACCCUUGCUCGCGGGCUCCUCGAUUUCUCAGAGCGACUUGCGCGACUCGCUGCGCUCGCCGCGCUCGUUACUGUCGAACAACAUGGCCGUCGCCGUGCGCGCCGUCCCGCGCCCCCUCCUCUCCCAAGCAGUCCGCAUAGUCCGCCGCUCCGCGACACCUCGCGCGCUGGCGCGUCUCUCCCGCCUCAGUUCGCUCUACACGCUCACCCUCCUGAGUCGACUCCGCUACGUGCUCGCGCGGCGGAUACCGGCCCUCGUCGUCCGGCAGGUGGCACGAAUAACAACGCCGGUGUACGCGUCGAAACUCCUCCGCUCCCAAGUCCGGAGCAAUGUGCGCCGAUUGCUGUCCCGGUUGUUGCAGCAGUUGGCUUUGAGGGCUGUACUAGGUCUGCUGCCGUUGGGCCUGAGUCCGCUACUUCUCAGCGCACUGUCUGCGCUGUUACGCGGGUGCUCGAGGAGAUACGCCUGCACGCCGACGCCGUGCGCGAGGUGAUUGGCGAUGAGAUCCGGCGUACAUUCCAGGUCGGCAGUGUUGUUGAGUACAUCCAGCUCAUUGAGUGGGCGCAGUGGCGCCUGUCACUCGAGCGGAUGGCGGGGCUCGACGGCGUCCAGGAAGCACUCAAGGAGAUGGUCGCCAGAGUCAUUUCGGCCGUGGGCGAGAGUGCCAUCAUGCCUAGUCCUAAGGCGUUGCUGGCCUAG